UAAGAUUAAAUUUGAACUAAUUAUUAUCCAUAGAACUUUAUAUAUAAAAAUGACAUGAACUAAAGUGCCAUUUGUUCAUGCUAAGCUUGCCACCUUAGUCAUACUUCUUACUACAAUUUUCCUUCUUCUAGUCUCUAUCAACCAAGGCUGGGCUGGGCCUGCCCAGCCCAGGAGGAGGGAUAGAGAGAGGAAGAGAGGUAGAAUGAGUAGUAUUAUGAACUAUAGAGGCCGUGUGGGGGAUGUGGAAGGAGUGGAAGACGUCUUAGUGCAGGGAAUGAAGUGAAGAAAUUAUGGGAUUAAGGAAGUGAGGAGAGGUGAGGGUAUCAGCUCUGGACUAUGCCUCGCAAGUGCAUUAAUGAAUCAUGAAAAGAAAUAUUUCAGGGCUGAACUACCUUACAGAACUUUGCCAAAUUCUCCAGAUGUAGAAUUUACUAAUGAAAACACUGAUAGCAUUCCUGCUUUCCAACCUUGGCUUGAAAUAGCUAAAUUUGCAAAAAAUUUUGACUUAUUAAUCACAGAUGCAUUAAAAAUAUUCUUUCCAAUCCAGCCUGUACGAGGAGCGAUGAUGCAUGAAUCUCUCACAGAGGACAAUGACCUGGAAGAGACUAACUCAGAAGCCUCGAAUUACUCAGACUCGUUCAUGAAUCCUCUCGAAUCUUCUAGUGUUGGCUUAGGCCCCAACUCACUUUCAAGCAAAAUUAUUGAUGGAAAGGAGGUAAAUUACUCAGAAAAAGAGAGAAUCCAGGCCUACACUCAAUGGAUUCGUCAUUUGAACCUAGAUCUUCUGACUAAAGAGACUUGUGACUACUUUCCUUAUGACAUCAAAGUCGAUGCUAAUCGAGUUGCUACUUUUAUCAAAAUUAAACCUGUGAGAGCACUCACUGGACAUGAAGAGAGAAGGGCCAAGGAUGUCCGCCAAACCUCUGUCAUGCUAGACCUCAAUGCAUUAAUAGAAGCAGGCUCGGUGAUAAUGACCGAAUUUGAAAAUCCAGUUUUUAUGGCAAUAGUAAAUCGUAAUAUAACUGUCAUUAAUCUGCACGAAAUUUCUGAAAUACCAAGCUUGUCAAAUCAUGAGCAGAAAGACAACCCUAACUCUAUUGAAAACAGGGAAUAUUCUCUUCUUGGAGUCACUGUACCAGAUGGCGAUGUUUUCCUUAACAUGAGCCUGCCUGAAUUCUCAGAGACCGAGACCUUUCCCAAAAUUUCAUCAAAUUUCCAAAUGUACGGUUCAGAAAAAGAAGAUAUUCUACUUGGUCAUAGAAGUGGAAUUCACGGCUUAGAAAAUACUAAAUAUACGAAGAUUCUAGAACUUAUGACUAAGUCAGAAGGAAUCCUAAACUGGAUCGAUGACUACUCUACUUACAUCCUAGUUGGGUUGUUUGUGUACGCAGGAUUAGCUUUGCUGCCUUGCAUCUACUUUGUCUUUCAUAACUCGGAUGAGCAAAAGAUAAAGAUUGUCCAAACUUCUUUGACUAAUUCUGGACCAAUAAAUAUACCAAAACUUCUAAUGAGGAAGCAAAGUGUUCAGGAAGGGUCUAGAGCAAGAAUCAAAGUACCUGAAAUUCAUAAGGAUUGUAAAUCAUCCAGACCUAUACAGCUUCAUAAAGACCUGCUCUCGAGCUCAUCUAAUAGGCUACCAAGGUUGAUGACAUUAGAGAAGCCAAGUCCAUUCGGAUUCAUUACUAAAUAAAGUCAAGAACUAUCCUACAAAGGAGAAGAUCCUUGAAGAGCCUCCUAGCAGUAGUGUCUCUCCUGCAAGCUCCUUCAAGAAGAAAAGAGACACCUUCGCGACCAGCAAACAUAGAUAUGUUGUUGAGGAUUAUUAUUAUUCAGGAAACAAGAUUAUAGUCAAUGAGGUGCUGAAAAAAACCAUCACUCUGAAGAACACCCCGAUGAUGCAGCGGAUUUUGUCCACUCAUUUUGCUCAUAAAACUUCUGAGCUUCCUAUAGCACAUAAAGCUGUAUCUUUCAAAAUAAAGAGAGCGAUCAAUUUGGUACCGAUCCAAGAGACUUUUACUGAAGAGAAAUCUGGCCUUAAGAAACAUCAUAAAUAUAAAUUGAGAACUAUGACUAAGAAGAAGAGCCUGAAUGAGGACAAUGAGUAUUUUGAUGUCCAAACUAUAAACAACCCGCCCAAACCUGAAAGUGGGAAUGAGAUUGACAAGGAAUUGAGCCAAACUUUGAAGAGCAAGGUCAAUACCUCUCUGAAUGAAUAUGAUAAGCAAUUUAUUCACAGUGAUUCUCCUAUUAAAGGAUUUGGAGGAAGCUUCAAACAGCCUUUAGCUAGGGUAAUCAAAUACCAAAAGAAAGAUUUUUUAAUUAACGAGAUACAAGAAAGAUGAGUUGUGCAAAAUUCUGAUGAGAUCGCCCACGAAGACAAACUUAUCAAUGAGCUAAGAAAUUAUACACCAAGGAAGAAGCCUAAUAAGAUAGCAGGACAUCAAAGCUCAACAUUAAUCGAAGCUAAGCUUAAUAGAGCUAAGAGUUCUGAGAAUGGAAAAGUCAUGGAAAUCAGCAACCCUCAAAAUGCCCAGAAUUUCCAUAGCUCUCUUGGAUGCACUCACUAUGAGAAGAGGAAGGAGCCAAUCUAUCCGUCUCAUAUCCAGGAAGCCGAGGCAACUAUUUCAGAUUGAAGAAAUCUUUCAAAGAUCAUAUUUGAGGACCAAGAAGAAGACAAAGACAUCAUAAAUGAACUUGAAUCCUUAAGUGUCUCUGAAGAAGAUACUCAAUCACAAAUAUUUAAUGAGGAAGGAAAAUAUCAACUAAAUAAUCAAAAUAUCUGAAUUGAAGACUUUGUGCCCAAAACUUCUCCGCUCUACAAGCACUUGGAAUGCGGGAAGACUAGCUCUUUGAUUUAUAUGGACUCACUUGGCAAAGGAGGGUUUGGGUCAGUGGUAAAAGCCAAACAUAUCCUUGAUAACAAUAUAUAUGCGAUUAAAUAAGAUAAAACUGCAUCUAGGAAUAGACCAGGACAUCAGAGAGCACAAAGUGUUCAGAGAAGUCCAAGCAAUGACUAUAGUCAACCACCCUAAUGUUGUAAGGUACUACACUAGCUGGCUAGAGUUGGCUCCUCAAGAAGAACAACAGCUGGAAAGGAAGAAGAUGCUCAAAAGAUAUAGGAAAUGUCAUCAUCCCUUUCUGUCACAUGUGACGAAAAAGGAGAAGUCGAGAAAUGAAGAAAUUCAAGAAACUGAUGAGAAUAACUCAACUUCUAGUCCGUAUGGGCGUAAGCCUAGCUCAGACAGUGAUUCCGAUAGUGGUAUCCAAUGGGAAGAAAAUAAUGAGAGCUCUGAAUUUGCUCAUGAAAAAGAUAUUUUCUCUCAACCUGAAUCUGAGCAACCUCUUAGCAAAGCUAAUGGUAAGAAAGGAGAAUUUUAUUCUUCUACAAACAAGGCUUCCAUCCCUCAGAAAUGACUGUAUGAUGAUUCAGAAAUCUCUUCAGAUGAUGCUUCAAGCAAUGAAUCCUCUCUUUCACUAGAAAGCAUAGCUGACCUCACGACUUGCUUCAAGUGCAUCGAGCUGAAGAAGGAUUUUGUAACCUGAAAUCUGAGAAUUCAGAUGGAAAUAUGUCUUGGGCAUUCAUUAAAAGAAUUUCUAACUUCCAGAAACAACAGUGGCCAAGAUAUUGACAGAAAGGUGAAUCUGAGAUUCUUCAAACAAAUCACUGAAGGAAUCAGGCAUGUACAUCAGCAAGGCAUAAUUCACCGAGACCUCAAGCCAGCAAAUGUGUUUAUUUCCAACACUCAAGAAAUCAAGAUCGGUGACUUUGGAUUGGCUAGAGCCUUCGAUCCUGAUUCUUCCAAAGGGUUUGCCAAUAUGAUCUCAAGCAAGAGAUUUUCGAUGAAAAAGAUAAAUUUCCAAAAAUCAAGCCUCUCCUUGAAGGUUGGGACACCUAUGUACCUCAGCCCUGAGCAAGAAGAGGGAAAAGACUAUGAUGAGAAGGUAGAUGUCUUCGCAAUAGGCCUCAUCCUGUUUGAGUUGUGCAACAAACUAGUAACUAACCAUCAAAAGAUCGAAGGUUUUCAGAACUUGAAGAAAGGAAUCUUACCCUCAGAAUUGAUGAAGAAUAUGGCACCUGAGUCCCAACUACUACUCAAACUAACGAAUGCAGAUCCUGCUCUUAGACCUUCAGUCAGAGAGAUUCUGAGAUGUCAGGAGUAUAAGCAAUGGAGGCAGGAGGUAUGUGGACACAGUUCCUUCGAUGAACUUGACUUUGCUUAAUGUCUAAAAAUAGGCCAAAUCGCCACCAAUACUUGUAUCAUCUAAGUUCAAUC